AUGUUUUGCCGACCGCGUCCAAUGCACAUGUCGGUGGGGGGCCGCAUACCGAGGCGGACGGUGGCCGCGGCGUUUUCGGUUGGAUUUUCGGGCACCACCACCACCACAACAACAACAACCGCCCACCGUCGUUGUUACCGAACGGACUUCUUCAGCAGUGAAGUCGCGGAAGGGCGAGCGGCCACGAGAGAUUUUUCUCCUCCUCCUGUUCCUUCUCCUCCUGCUCCUCCUGCCCCACCGAUAGAUGCGGCUACCCUCGCCGCAAUGCUCGACGAUGUCAGUCCGGAGGUGGCGGCGAUGAAGGCACCGUUAGCCUCAUCGGCGAGAGGGAAAAACGCCUCUGCGACAUCCAAAGUUUUUCUGAGUGAUAUUGUUCCUGACGCGCAGGAGCUUAAUACGGUGGUUGCAGAGGAAGCGAUUGAGGAAGAAUGUGCAAUUCUGCUGCAGCCAGAGCGCCCGGAAAUGGAAAGCCAAUACGAGCGCGGGUUAUCCAAAACGGAGGAGGUUGCCACAGAGACACCUGCGUCAGCGAGUUGGGUGACCAAAAUGAACUCUUCAUGCAGUUACCUCUCUCGACAGGAUGCUCUUUACUUGGCGGCACCAACCCCAUUGGACGCACGGAUGCCAGUUGUUUCCACACCAGCUUCUUCAUCGUGUGUUAUGGUCGUUUUUGCCGCGAAUGACAUGCGUGUCCAUGACAACUAUACAUUGGCGUUAGCAGCCGUACGGGCAGAAGCGGCAGGUGGCCUACCAGUUAUAGCCGUCGCUGUCAUCGACUACCGCACCUUUGCACAGCCGAGUGCUGUUGGCGGGUACUUUCGGCAGAGCCCCAUGCGGGCGCGUUUUUUUCUUGAGUCCCUUGCAAAGUUGCGGGCGACGAUAGAAGAGGAAUUACAUGUGCCGCUUCUUAUUCGCUGUGGACGGCCCGAAGAACACGUCCCACGUCUCGCAGUAGAGUGCGGUGCGACCGAUGUUUUCAUGACAACGCAGUAUGCCCCACAUGAGAAGAAUGUUCAUGACACCAUCGUGGAGUCGAUUAAACGCCGCAAGUGGGUCAGCCGCGAUGUCGCCUCAGGCCUGAAGCUAACAACACAUGACGCUGCCGUAUCCCAUCCAUACGGCAACUGCAACGGGGAUAGGGAGGCGGUAACAGCUGCAGUGUCUCCUGUCCCACACAGCGUAUGGCAGACAACCC